UAUAGCAUGUGACUAAACAAAACAAGUGACAGUAGUAGAAAAUCAGGAUUCGAAUAUGUCUGCGUUUGGGAGUAAUGAAAGGAAAAAAACGAUGUUAGAUGAUACACAAACGUUAAAUUGCAUUAUAGAAGCAGCUGAAAAUGUGCAAGGGCAUACAGUGUAUAUCAUGAAAGUUCAGAGAGGGUCUUCAGAUGUAUCAUGGCAGGUCACCAGGCGAUACAGUGAUUUUGAUGCCCUAAAUAAUAUGCUUCAAAUCUCAAACAUAGAUAUCCCAUUGCCACCAAAGAAAAUGUUUGGGAAACUCGAAAGGGAAUUUGUGGCCGAACGACAACAAGCACUUCAAGUAUACAUUAAUUUUGUAUUGUCACAUCCUUUUCUGUGUUCCUCAGUACACGUGAAGAAAUUUUUGGAUCCUAUUAAUUAUUCUUUUAAUUUUGUUGAAACUUCUCUCCAGCAUGUUUCGAUGAUUUUUCGUUCUGAACCUGAGUGGGAAAUAGUGGAACCUUUAUUAGAUUUCGGCUGGAGAAUACGGAAGCAAUAUUUUAGCAUUAAAUCAAAAAAUGAAACAAAAAAAAGAUUUGUUUUAUCAUGGACAGCUCUGGGGCCUGACCAGUAUUUAAAUGAAAAGGAUCUUUCAUCAGCUAUAAAAUUACUAGGGAGUUUACAGCAUCCUUAUAUUCAACCAGUAUCUAUGUCUUGUGUCAGUUCUAGUGGUGGGCUUGUCAUCUAUGACUUUUUGGAAAGUGGGACUUUGAGAGAUAUAUUGUGCAAUACCAAACCACGAUUACCAUUUCUAAAAAAAUAUGGAAAUCCAAAGUCAUACCACGCUUUCGAGCUUCCUAAAAUCAAAGUGUUUGGUCAUCAGGUUCUUAUUGCAUUAAAGUUUCUUCAUGAUAGAGGAUUUUUUCAUGGAGGUGUCCAUUCAGGAAAUGCAGCUAUUAGUGGUGGCAAAUGCAAACUUCUUGAUAUUUUCAAUGGAGUUCUUGGUGUAUCUAAUCUGCUUAGACCCUAUUUUAUUCAGCUGAAGAAAAUUCAGACUGUUGAAAAUAUCGAUGUCUAUUGCUUUGGUCAUCUGUUAUAUGAAAUGGCUUUUGGAGCCCCUUUAUCUGCAACGUCUUGCGACAACCUACCUAAUAGCUGCGCUCCAGAAUUGCGAUCAGUUUUGUUAUCCAUACUUUCCAAAGAAGCUUUGAAGAAUGGUGUUCCAAGUUUAACUGAUUUGCUUCAAAAUCCUUUCUUCGCAUAUGCGGCUGGUGAAGUGGAGAGAGUGCAUUUCAAAGUUCCUACACAGCUGAAGGAAAGUCUCAGGAAAGCGAAGGAGCUCACAGAAGCGCGUCUCAAGGAAGAACAGAAAUCGAUCAGGCACAGCAAACGCAUAUCGAAGGUUCAGGCUCAGUUGUCAUGCGAUGAUGAAAAAAAGAAAAGACAGCAGCAUGAAAGAAGAAAGAAGCAAAAUUUGGAGCUUUCAAACAAUACAUCGAGUGAAAGAGUACAAACACCUUCAAUGACAGGUACUUCUGAUAAUAACUCCAAUCUGCCAACCCCUUCUUCUCCUAUACCACCCCCACCUCCACCACCUCCUCUUCCUUUGGAAACUUCCUCAGUAGUUAUGCCACCUCCGCCUCCACCUCCUAUGAAAAUUGCUGCUACAAAUGAAUCAACAGGUGGAAGGGCAGCCUUGUUAAGUUCAAUUCAAGGCUUCAAUAAAACUAAGCUGAAAAAGGCUGAAACAAAGGAUAAUAGUGCUCCAAAAAUCUAAUUCUUUGUCUGUCUUACUGUUUUAUUUGUUAUCCUUGCUUAUGUAUGAAAUAUUCUGUGAGAAAUUUAAUUUUAUAUGCUGAUCUUUUAUUUUAUUGACAAAUAAGAAUACAGGUAUAAAAGUACAAAUAUUUUAUGUAAAAAAGAUGUAAAUGAAAAGUUUUCACUUUGCCUUUUAACAAACAAUUUUUAAUCUACAUAUCUAAUUUUGUAUGCACUUAUCAAAUUAUGUAGUUUUAGCUGUCUUGAUUGCUUUUAAACUAUCAGAUUUGUCAAAAGUAAUGAAAUUUGUCAAUGCACAAAAUAUUGUGUCAAUAACUGCUUUUUUUUUUUUUUAAUUCAGUGUUUCUUUUUUAUGUUGUUGUUAUUACAUAGGGUAGAAUUAGAUAUAUUAUUUUUUUCAUGUGUGUGUGUAUGUGUUUUUAAAUCAAAUGUUGGUAAAAAAAAAAGAAUAAUUUUUAAUUUAUUCUAAAAAUUAAAUUAAAAAUACUCUAAACAGUAAAAUAUCUGAUAAUUUUGAGCGUACAUUACUACUGUUUUCUCAUUAAUUUUUUUUUAAAGGGAAAUAUAUUAUUCAUAAUUAUGGCCUAGUAUAAAGGUACAUUAUUAUUCAUUGUACACGAACUACUCCCCAGUUUCAUCCCUUUUUUGCUCAUACCUAUAGCCAUAAUGCAUUUGGAAAAAGGCAGUGAUACAGUUUGCAUUUAAAAAAUUGUUUAUUUUUGCAAUAGAGGAGAAAUCACAAAAUAUAAAAUACAGAAUAUCUGAUACUGACAACAGGUGGAAAAUAGCCAUUCAUCUUGCUGUCAGACUUAUUUAUUCAAAAAAUAAAGUAAUGAUUCAAAAAUAUAGUUAUUAUAGAAUGCAACAAGCAAAUGCAACAGAUAAAAAAGUAAUAAAAAAAUUACUGAAACACACUGAAAGAAAUGGCAGAUUUUUGCUGUCAUUCUUACAGCUGCAUCUCUUUCCCAUAUUAAAAAGCAUGAGCAAAUCUCUUGGGAACCCCUAUUUGUGGUCAAUUUCUUAAUCUUAAAAAAGCUUUAAAAAAGGAUUAUAUGCUUGGUUAUAAAUUAUAGAGGGAAAUAUUUUGUAAAAUAUAAAUACAUCCACUCAGUUAAGGGAUUAAUUAUUUUAGAGUUUUAGAUAUAUUGAUUACAAACUGGAUUUUUAAUAAAUAUUAUUUUGCUUUUUAACAAGUUUUAGCUUUUCAGAUACAUCAGAUAUGCUCAUAAAAAAUUAUCUCAGGGUGCCAUUAAAAUAACUUUACAAGUUGCUGCAUUUGAUUUGAUUGUUUAAAUGUUGAUUUAUUGGUUAGUGGAUAUCAGUAACUUUUCAGUUUUAUUAUUUUAUGAAUAUUCAAACUUCAGACAAUUUCUUGAAUAUUUGAACAACUUCAAUAAAUUUCUUAUAUUUCAUCUGCUAUUAUCUUCUCGCUAGCAAUUCUUCAUUUUAAAGCUUUCUAAUAUACAGAUUUUUAUUUGACAUCUAAUACUUGAAAAACACAACUAAUUUUCAACAUCAAAAUAUAUUAUUAAUCAUACUGAACUUAAAACUAAUACUCUGUGAAAUGAGGUGGUGAAAUAUAAAUUAAUUCUUAAUAAUUUUUUUAAUUUAUUUUUUGUUUUGUUUGUUAAAUUGUAUGGAAUUCUUAUAUGCAUGUAUGUACACGUUCCUAUGUUUAAGUCCUGAAUUAUUUAAAACUACGUUGGACUUUAACUCUCAUAGUUUUCUGAGUGUUUUGAAAUAGGGCCAAAUAGAAUCCCUUUAUGUAUCAAUAACAUUUCAAUUUUAUUACAAUGUUUUGUAAUUUUAUAAAUGCUUUAAUUUCAUCUGUAUUAUAUUAUUUUAUUUUAAUUUGAACUGUUAAAAUGUAAAAUGAAUGCUUUUCAAAUAGUUUGCAAGAGGAAAAAUAUAUAUAGAUCCUUAUUGAUAAUGAUUUACAAAUUGAUGUGCAAAUUAUUGCAAUAAAGAUAAAAUUGGAUUUCUUUAACUUUUUUCUUUAAUAUGCAAAAUAAAUGUACUAAAUUCAUUUUGCACAUUUCUAGUGUUUUUAAAUUAUCUUCUUUAUCGAUACUAAAUUCUAGAAUUUUAUUAUUUUAAAUCUUUGAUCUGUUAUUAUUGAUGCCUGAUUCAGGCUAAAUUUUCAAAUAUAAAAAUGGAUUGUUUAAUUCUUUUUUUUUUUUUUUUUUGUAUUUGUCUUAAAUGCAUCUUUAAUCUAAAAUUUUUAACUUUUUGAAAAACAAUUGGCAAUUUUUAUUAAUUAAUAUAUAAUUUUACUACUAGUGUUUUUGGAAUUCUGCUAUGCAAUAUAUUUUUAUUUUUUUUAUUUAUUGUAAAAUCUAUCAGAUCUUUUAGAGUUUUUAAAAUAAUAUUUUAUUAUAAAUACAUUGAAAAUCCAAAAUCUGUCAUGUCUUAAAUUUUUCAUUCUAAAACAAAAACUAACUUCUGUAUCAAAAUUUUGAAAAUACAAAUCAUGUCACGUUUUUAUUUAAAGUCUGCAAAAUGCUGUUCGAUGAAGGAGGGAAGCAUUCAACCAAAGAGCAUUAUUUAGAAAUAUGGAAUUUAUAGAAUGUAUAAAUGUAAAUUUCAUAGUUUUUAGAAAAUUAGUGUUGUGAAUAAAUUUUUGUAGAUGUGUGUUUGUGAAUGCGAAAUGAAGAUGUAAAUUUAUCAAUAAAAUUUUGAAGAUAA